AUGCGACUCGAGCUGCAAACUGGAACUCAAACCGAGCGUCCGCAUAGCGAAAACUGGCAUUGUUUAGUCGUCUGCUGUAACGACCGCGACCCGUCACGUACGCGCCGCGGCGGGGUUAGCGCGGGCCAUCGCGGCAUGCGCACAUGUGCUCAUGCGCAUGCCCCGCUAAUUGCGCUCACGUACCGCCGCGACAGCCCUUGGCCAGGUGGUUACAUCCACAGCCAUAAAUCAUGUUACCUCGUAGAGGCGGUGCAGUUGCGGUGUAAGCGAAGACGCCACGUCCGGGAGAAGCGGUCUGAGUCCAUAGUUUUAGCGGCAAUAAAACCGGAGAAG